AUGCAACAGACGCACUUGGACGUGAAGCAGAGCAAGGUGCAUGCUGGAGAGGCGGGGCAACGAAAGGAGUUCAAGGACGUGACGGGCGUCAUGGAAGGCGUGCAGUCGUACUUUGACCGAGCCGCGCCGGUGGUUCAAUGGUAA